CCCCUGUGCACUAACUUCCGGCUUGUGUGUGUUUGUGUGUGUGAUCUUCAGGUGUUGUGAAGCCAUGUAGAUGGAGUGAUUAUAAACACUGUAGUGUGUGUGUGAGAGAGCGAGAGAGAGAGAGUGUGUGUAGGUGUGUGUUACUCCUCUCCUGAGCUGUGUGUGUGUAUUUAGAGUUGACUAUAACUGAGAUUUGAAGAUGUCGGUGCAGCACAGCGGAGAUAGUCUGUCCGGCUCCAGGGCUAAUCUUCAUCCUCCUCACCAUCUUCAUCAUCAUCAUCACGUUCCUCAUCAUCAUAACCACCACCUUCCUCCUGCUCCUCAUCACCACCACCAUCAGCUCCGUAAAGAGGAGGAUUUGUGUAAGGACGGGUUCGGGUACGGUGUAGAUGAGGAAGAGGAAGAUGAGGAAGCGGACAGUGAGGAGGACAUUUCACCUUCACCGGACAGCGACAAGCCCAGGAUCCUGCUGCUGGGGCUGAGGCGCAGCGGAAAGUCCUCCAUCCAGAAGGUGGUCUUCCAUAAGAUGCCCCCGAGUGAGACCUUGUUCCUGGAGAGCACUAAUAAGAUCUAUAAGGACGACAUCAGCAGCAGCUCCUUUGUGAAUUUUCAGAUCUGGGAUUUCCCAGGUCAGGUUGACUUCUUCGACCCCACCUUUGAUUAUGAGAUGAUCUUCAGAGGAACUGGAGCGCUCAUCUUCGUCAUUGACGCUCAGGAUGACUACAUGGAGGCUCUGGGACGUCUUCACCUCACCGUGUCCCGCGCCUACAGGGUCAACCCCAACAUCAACUUCGAGGUGUUCGUGCACAAGGUGGACGGUCUGUCGGAUGACCACAAGAUCGAGACACAGAGAGACAUCCACCAGAGAGCCAACGACGACCUGGUGGACGCCGGACUGGACAGACUGCACCUCAGCUUUUACUUGACCAGCAUCUAUGACCACUCGAUAUUUGAGGCGUUCAGUAAAGUGGUUCAGAAACUCAUCCCUCAGCUGCCCACACUGGAGAACCUCCUCAACAUCUUCAUAUCGAACUCUGGGAUUGAGAAGGCCUUCCUGUUUGAUGUGCUCAGUAAGAUCUAUGUGGCCACAGACAGCUCUCCUGUGGACAUGCAGUCGUAUGAACUGUGCUGUGACAUGAUCGAUGUGGUCAUCGACAUCUCCUGCAUUUACGGACUGAAGGAGGAUGGCAGUGGCGCUGCGUAUGAUAAAGACUCUUUGGCCAUCAUUAAGCUGAACAACACCACUGUGCUCUACCUGAAGGAGGUCACCAAGUUCCUGGCGCUGGUGUGUAUCCUGAGAGAGGAGAGCUUUGAGAAGAAAGGUCUGAUAGACUAUAAUUUCCACUGCCUGACGAAGGCCAUACACGAGGUGUUUGAGCUGACCGUGGUCCGCAGGAACUGUUUGGACGAUCAGCUGGACUCUCCCAGCUGCAGCAGUGUUAAAGCUCCACUGCUCAAUGGCACCCCUAGAGGCCUGAUGUGACACGGCAAGGGGUGUGGCCUGCCUAUGGAGGGGCGGGGCGUCUAUAUUGCACAGGCUUUGGGUCUGGGAGCCUGUUUAAAGGGUGAACUCUGUAUCUGUACUGCUGCAUUAAACCGUGUGUGUGUGUGUACUACAAAUUUGUUCAUUAACACAUAAUCCUAACAUUAUUAACUUAAGCCUAGAAACUUCCAGAAAUAUUUCUGUCCCUUAAUGAGCGUGAGUGUGUGUGUAGACUGACUGCUCCUUCCAUUAUCACCUGAAGGAAUUUUCCGGAAGUUUCUCUCUGAGGUUCUGGAGGAAACGCUACUUUUCCCUCGAGGAGUUACUGUGUGUUUAUGAUCAGUGUUGUGUAAAUGUACACCUUACAUUAACAAUGUGAUUGAUUAGAGGUGGAGCUACAAUGUGUGUGUGUGUGUGAUAUGGCCGUGUUGAUGACAUCACAGUCUGGAGAAAAUCUACGAGACUGAGCGUUUAUUACAAUAACAGACCUCUCACAUGGUCAGUCACCCAGCUCAGUACCAUGUAGCACACUCAUUUACCUCUCUCUCGCUCUCUCUCACUCUCAUCUCUCUCUUUCUAUAACUAUCUCUCUCUCUCUCUCUCUCUCUCUCACUCUCUCAUCUCUCUCUCUAUAACUUUCUCUCUCACUCUCAUUUCUCUCUCUCUCUCUCUCUCUCUCUCUCUCUCUCUCUAUAACUAUCUCUCUCUCAUCUCUCUCCCUCUCAUCUCUCUCUCUCUCUCUCUCUCUCUCUCUGUCUUGGUCUCACACACAGAGACACGUGUCUGUCUUUCUAAAAUUGAAGAUGCAUCAAUCCAUCUCUUUCCCUGUGAGUCUGAUUUGUGUAAGGAGACCUAGUGUGUGUGUGUGUGUGUGUGUACACUCUGAGUGCUGAAGUAUUAACACUAUGCUACAAUACACCCAGCAGAACGUCUCCUCUCCAUGCAGGUGAAAGCGUCGAGGUCCAAAAAUGUAUUUUUUUUUAAUACUUAAAUCUUUCUAUAUUUGUAUUCAGAAACGUUGGUCAUGGUCGUGUCCGAGUGUGUAGGUGCUGGACAUGAGGAGGUUUUAUUUUUUUAUAUAAUCAGGUGUGGAAUCGAUGGGUGUUAAUGUCGUGGUUGAAAUGAAUGUGUAAUAUUUGGGGAAAAAAACCCAACAACAAUUGUUUUGAUUGAAAGCGUGUGUUUGUUAAUAAAGUUAUAUUUUGUUGAAAUGUUUAA